CAACCGGCAUGGCAGCAUGAGUGUUUUGCAUUUUUGAGUAAACACGUGCAGUUUUGGAAAAAGGCAUUUUUUAUUAAACGGAGAUGUCAAGUGGUAUGAUGGAUAGGACUCGUAGGUUGUCGUUGAGUCUGUCCAAUUUUAGCAAAAUUAACGAGCAGUUCCGUGUUGUUUUCGAGCAUGUUUCAAAGAAUAUUCAAUUGAAAUCUGAGAAUAAAGAAGAUUGUUUAUUGAAUUAUAUUGCGCUGGAGUUGCUAGUUAUACCACAGUAUUAUGACACAAUUCAGCAAUACUUCUCUGAAGAGUUUACAUUGCUUGUAGACAAAGCUGUGAAUUGCAAAGAAAUUAGUAAUUUUAGACAUAUAUUGAAUUGCAUCUUGUUGGGAAAUGUCGUGAAGAACCGAAACGAUUUACAAGGCUAUGCAUUGAGGUAUUUUAGUGCCCAUCAGUCACCUUUCGAAAUAAGAGAAGACCAAACAUCAAAAAGAAGAAAGAUGCAACAAAACAUAAAUAUUGAAGAUAUUGAUAUAGUGGAAUCUUCUCUAUUUUUAUUGAGGAGCAAUCCAGAUUUUUAUAGAGCUAAGUGGAACUGGUCUUCAUUUAUUAAGAAGUUUUUCAAUCAUAAAGAGGCUAAAGUUAUAUGGAUUGCAUGCCAUACAUUAGCGGUUUUAUUUGGAAUGAAUGAGUAUCAGUUGAAUAAUGUUAUACUGUCCAAAAUUUCAGAAGAACUUCAUAGAAAUUACUCAUACUUGUUUUACACAAAUCAAACUCUGAAAGAGGGUGAUGUUGCACCUCCAGGUAUAGAUCAAUCUCCAGUAGUACCAAAGCAGCAGAUUCAAUCAAAAGUUGUGAAUGUAUCAGGGAUCUACAUUCCUAGUUUUCAUACUUCAGUAGACUAUGAACAAAACUUAGUUGUGGUUCACUCCACUUACAAUAACCUGAGGAAAAUAGCAUUAGGACUGGCUUCAGGGAAAGCUAUCAUGCUUCAGGGCUCUGUAGGCUCAGGCAAAACCUGUCUAGUGGAAUAUUUGGCUGCAAAGACUGGGAGGAAACUAGGAGAGAAUUUCUUGAAGAUACAGUUGGGGGAUGAAACUGAUAGCAAAAUGUUACUUGGUACUUAUAGAUGCACAGAUGUACCAGGAGAAUUUGUUUGGCAACCAGGAGUUUUGACACAGGCUGUAGUAGAAGGAAGUUGGUUACUCCUAGAAGACAUAGAUUCAGCUAGCAUGGAUAUAGCUUCAAUUAUAACUAGCUUAUUGGAGAAUGGGUGUUUGACUGUGCCUGGUUAUAAAGAUUCAGUACCAAUCACACCUGGUUUCCAACUAUUUCUAACACAGAGGCUAAUCCCAACUCUAUCUGGUUAUCACAAAAAGCACUCAAACACUAUGACUCUCUUGGGGAAGAGUGCUUUUCUAAUAACAGUUGAUCCUCUGUCAUCAAGUGAGCUGAAGCAAAUUUUAGAUAGCCAGUUCCCUCAAUUCAAAACGAUAGCUGAUCGGAUGAUCAGCGUUUUUUUAUUGUUUGUUCCAAAGACUCUGGAUGGUGAUGGUGGACAGAUUUCUGUGCCCAGAAGUGGAAGGCUUAUAUCUACUAGGGAUUUUUUCAAAUGGUGUUCUAGGGCUGUUAUUGAUUUUGAUGUCCAGAGUCAGGCUAGUGCGCUAAAAGUUUUACAGGAUGCAAUUGAUGUUUUUUGCUGUUCAUUCUCAAAUACAAAUGAGGCAUUGGAAUUAGCAAAGCAGAUCAGCACUAAUUUGGGUAUAGUCAAUCAAAAAGCAGAGUAUUUUUUCAAGACAUACAAGCCUGCAAUGCAUUUAACCACGGAUAGUUUAGUGGCAGGUCGAGUGAUGUUGAAAAAAGAAAACAAUGAGUAUACCAGACAGACAAAAUACUCAUUCACAAGGCCAUCUGCUGUUCUACUAGAGAGGAUCAUGUGUUGUGUCAGUCUCAGGGAGCCUGUUUUAUUGGUGGGCGAGACCGGUACAGGAAAAACAUCGUGCGUGCAGUUUUUGGCACACACACUUGGAAAAAGGUUGAUUGUGAUAAACAUGAACCAACAGUCUGACUCAGCUGAUUUGCUGGGAGGGUUCAAACCGGUUGAUUUGAAAUAUGUCAUUGCGCCAGUGCGUAGGGAAUUCGAAGCUGUUUUUUCAGACUAUUUCAAGGUUGAACCUAACAGAAAGUAUUUAGCAAACAUUGCACUUUGUUUUAACAACCAAAGAUGGGGCGAUCUUCUGAAGUUAAUAAACAAAAGCUAUGAAGCAGCUUUAAGUCGCUUAACUAAAUCCAUCCAAGACUUUGAAGCAAAUAAAGUUCAAGAUCACGAAAAGCGCAAACAGUAUGAAAAAAAUAAAACGUUCCUAGAAAGAUGGCAAUGUUUAGGUGAAAAACUGCACAAGUUGGGGGUACAGUUGAAACAGAAAAGCGCCUUAGCAUUUGCGUUUAUAGAAGGCAGCUUAGUCAAAGCUGUUGAGAAUGGGUACUGGGUGUUACUGGAUGAAAUUAAUUUGGCAAAUGCAGAAACACUGGAAUGUUUGUCAGGAUUGUUGGAGGGCUCUGAAGGAUCGCUAUGCUUACUCGAAAGAGGGUGA